GGAGGGCCUUCACGCGCUCCACAACAACAACAACAACAACACCUGCGCGAGGGAGCCGGCGGAGAGGAGAGAGGAUGCGGCGGAGGGAGGGCGCAGACCCGGGGAGAGAGGAGACAGAGACGGACUCGCACUUCUCUCUUCUUGUCUUUUCCCCGCUUCCGUCCCUUGUCCUCGCUGUGUCUUAUUUAUUGUCUCUCCUAUCACUCCAGUCCCACGGUGUCUCCGCCCCGUCCCGCUGUCUCUCCGCAGCCUUUGCUCUCGUGUCCUACAUCCCGACUUCUCGUCUCUCUGAGCAUCUUCUCUACCUCUCCUGCUCUUUUUCCUUACGGUGCAUGUCCCCCUCGCGAGUUUACAACCCCGCCCCCCUCCCCUCGCUUUUUACUUCGACGAUCAUUUCACCGCACACCCGCCUGUCAAACAUCUGCCCGCAUCUGUCCCGUGGAGCGAGGAUGCCGGUGCCGCGGGGGCUCCAGGGUCCGGAUCUGAGGGUGCGGGACGCCGGCUGUCCGGACGAGCCUCCUCACCCGCGCCUCUGGGGUCACCUGAGGACCCCUCCUAUCGGCUGCGGGGGCCUGUCGCUGGCCCUGGAGCUUCCGGCUCUCGUACGGCAGCUGCGGGCGGCGUGGAGGGCUCGCAGGGAAGGCCCCCCGGGGCCCGAGGGAAGUCAGGCCAGCACUUGGGUGGAAUCCGACAAGGUGGAGGUGGAGGAGGUGAAGCGUGGUGAAGCGUGUGCGGAGGACGGGAUCGCUCACGUGGAAGCCGAUGGCCGACUGACCAGCGGUCACGCCGGCGCCCUGCUGGUCGAGAGACGAGGCUCCUACCCGCUGAUUGACGUGCGAAUCCUCAAAAGCAAAACCAGUGCCCAGCAGGGAGAGGUCGCGCCCGCCAGGAGGCAGGUGAAGCGUCAGCUGAGCUUCCAGCGAUACUGCCACGCCUCCAGGCUGCUCAGGGGCCUGGUGCCCCGGGCCCCCGGGGCGCCACAUCUACUGGACGACGAUUACAUGGGACAAGCUGCAUAUAUGCUAUCAAAAGUGGGCACAUGGAACUUUAACAUCUUCCUCUUCGAUCGUCUUACAAAUGGUAACAGCCUGGUGACCCUGAUGGGCCAUCUCUUCAGUGUGUACGGUCUUGUCCAGCACUUCCAGCUGGACAUGGUCAAGCUGCACAGGUUCCUUGGCAUGGUGCAGGAGGACUACCACCCCCAGAAUCCCUAUCACAAUGCUGUUCACGCUGCCGACGUCACUCAAGCCAUGUACUGCUACCUGCAAGAACCCAAGCUGGCGGAGCAUCUAAGUCCCCUGGACGUCUUUCUGGGUCUGAUGGCGGCAGCGACCCACGACGUGGACCAUCCCGGAGUCAACCAGCCCUUCCUCAUCAAGACCAGACACCACCUGGCCUCCCUCUACCAGAACACGUCGGUGCUGGAGAGCCACCACUGGAGAUCCACGGUGGGAAUGCUGCGAGAGUCGGGCCUGCUGUCCCACCUGCCCGCUGACAUGUCGCAGGACAUGGAACAGCAGCUGGGCUCUCUCAUCCUGGCCACAGACAUCAGCAGGCAGAAUGAGUUCCUGUCGACCUUCAGGGAACAUCUGGAUAGCCAGGACCUGGACCUUCAGCUCGCCUCGCACAGGCACUUUAUUCUGCAGAUUGCUCUGAAGUGUGCAGAUGUUUGUAAUCCAUGUCGGUUUUGGGAGCUGAGCAAACAGUGGAGUGAGCGAGUGUGUGAGGAAUUCUACCGGCAGGGUGACCUGGAGAGGAAGUUGGACAUGGAGAUUAGUCCUCUGUGUAACCAGCAGGCUGACUCUGUCCCGGCUAUUCAGAUAGGGUUCAUCUGCUACAUCGUGGCGCCUCUGUUUGAGGAGUGGCACCGCUUCGCCGAGCCCAGCCCGCUCAGCCGCACCAUGAUGGGUCACCUGCACAAGAACAAGGCCCGCUGGAGCCGCCUGCUAUGCGCACGCGCGGCCUCUGACCCGCGAACGCACCCAGGCGCCGCGGGGCCCGGGUCCAGGGGAGAGGGGGAAGCCAUCCGUUAAUCUCCUUCUGGUUUUCUGAGCCGUUUUCAUCUUACCGAAUAAACGGAGGAGAGGAGUUUCCUCCUGGGAGUUUCACCUCCAGCAUAUUUUCCUCUCACUGCUGGUUGUUUCACAGGCUCUGAAAGAGGGAGCUCUGGAUGGGAGUCUGGCUUCAAUUCACGAGGCAACGGCUCCCUCCGCUUGAGUGGACUUGCACGGCUCUGCACGGAGGGAGAAGAUUGAUUGUUGGCCCAGUGGGUAGACUUCUUAGUCAAGUCGUUGCUCUUUACCCGAGAAAUGCAGGAAUUGAUGCUCGUGACAGACUGAGAUCAAUGAAGUGUUGAGAUGUUUGCACUAUGUUGCAAGAGCGAUAAAAGAAAAACCCACAGGGAUAUCCAAGUCAGCUGAACUGUGCUAGAAAAGGUGAUUUAAAUAAAGGCAAUACACCUAGUAUGCCAUGCGUUUCUAUCCUUCAGACAGUGCACACUUGAUUAAGCUCACUUUUUCUCUUUUUGCACUGACGCCUGUGUACUUUUCACUGAAGAGCAUUUUUAACUCACAAAGUUGGGAUGUCAGGGUUCUGUAAAGCAUACAAAGUAUUUAGUUUCUUUCUGCGUAAACUGUGAGACAGACGAUACAAGUCUUUGAGCGUCUCCUUGUCUACUGUCAGCUGAAUGUUUUUGGACCGAAACACGAACCGGAGCCAUUUUCCAAAGCGCUCAUGUGACAUUGUUACCUUUUGUAACGGCCUAACGGGCACAUUUUCUUCUCUGUACACCUCACGUUGCACCUUACAAGCCUUAACAGCAACCAGGUCCAGCUGUGGUUUUCCUCAGCCACCAGCAUAUUGAAAUCCUCUCUCCGUAGCCACUAACUUCCUGUCCUAUAUCUUCAGGCUCCGAUUGGCUGUUUCCAAGGGGCCGAUGUCCUGUUCUGACUUUUCUUUCAUAUUAUAGAUCUUUGUUUUUACAUUUCAUGCAGGCACUGUGUGCACUGCGUUUUUAUAUGUCAAGUUCAGAUUUGGGUCAGUCAGUAAUUUGCAAAUAUCUCUUAACUCUAAUAAUUCAAAAUACCCUUCAGUGAAUCAACAUUCAUUUGAUGUAUAUACUAUACAAUUAAGCCUAAAAUCUAUUACUUAAGUGUUGAAACUGAACUCAAGCAGAUAAAUCCUUUUUGAGUGGUAGUUAUCAGUGUAAGCAUCUCUUUUGACUACGCACAGCGCUACGGUGCAAACUGUUUUCACUUCUUACUAAAUGUCUGUAUAAACUA